UAAGUUUCUGUUUCAAGCCGGGAGGAUUCUUCGCUCUCGCCAGGGUUAAAAACGUUUCCGAUUCAAACGGCUAUUAAUUAAUAGCGGCUACGCGGCGGAUCCAUUUAGGACGCGGCUGCCGAGCCUGCAUUAACAGCCGAACUGCUAAACGCGAAAACUUUGUUUCGCCCCCCGUUUCUUUUUGAUGCAGACUUGGGGCUAUUUUCAAUUUGGGCUGCGAGCGGUGGCCGCGAGUCAAACGCAAGCCGAGCUCACUUCGCCAGCGAUCGCGCUUGCGAAACGAAAGACAAGUCAGGUAUUAACGCGGCUUUUUUUCGCCCCCCCUUAAAGGAAAAACAAAGUUUCUAGGACUCUGCCGGACACCCAGCUGGCCGGGGACCAGGGGCGCGGGGGGCGAGGCCGGCAGGCUGCCCAGAAGUUGCGAUCCGGCACUUGCGCGCAUUGAAAUUACCUGGCUCGCCAGCAGCGGAGAGAAAGCGCAGACAAGAUAAUUUCUCAGGCUGCUGGGAAUGCCUUAGCCCGCGCGGCCGCGCGAUCCGGGGGUAUCCUCGGGCCGGGGCGGGUCCCCGCCACCCCCGCAGGCUCCUGCGCGUCAGGGCGCGUCAAGCGGGGCGGGCUCGACACCGGCAGCAGCGGCCGCGGGUAGCGGGCGUCGCGCACCGGUCUCCCGCUCGAGCGGCUCGAAGAGGCGGGACGGACGCUCCCGGGGACUCUCCGGCCCGCGGCUCGCCGCGCUCGGACGGCGCAAGCCCGCAACCGGGCUCCGCCAGCAUGUCGGCCGCCGUGGCUUGCCUGGACUACUUCGCUGCAGAGUGCCUGGUGUCUAUGUCCACCCACGCCGUGCUGCACCACCACGCAGCCGAGCCCGAAGGCGCGAGUGCGGCAGCUGCCUCCGAGGUGGGUGAGGUGCCCCGGGAGUCGGCGGGGACGGGUUCCGGGACACGGGGGGUGCUGUGGGUGCCCCCGGUCCUCCAGGUCCCCGCCCCUAGCCCCGGCGAGGGCGAUGGAGCGCCCCACCUGCUGGCUGCGAGCGCUUUGGCGGAUCUGAGCUGCGGUGCCCGGGAAGGCUCCCUGGAAGCCCCGGGAGAAGCCCCGUGUGCCUCAACUAGCUGCAGCGAGCCGACCUGGUGCUCCAGCCCCGCUGGGUGCCCCGAGCCGGUCCAGGCCUUCUUCGAGGAGGAGAUCUUCGUCGCUGAGAGCUCCUGCGGCGAGCCUGCCAUCCUGAGUGCACCUGAGGUCCCAGAGGACCCCGAAAACAGCGAAAACAGCGGAGAGGUGCCCGAGGGGCCCCCAGGGGCCCAACCCGCGCCAGCAAUGGGCUCGACGUUCCGGAGGAGGCCGAUUACACCCGCAUCCAAGCGACAUCAGUGCGCCUUCCCGGGCUGCAACAAAGCCUAUUACAAGUCUUCGCACCUCAAGUCACACCAGCGCACCCACACGGGGGAGCGCCCGUUCUCCUGCGACUGGCUCGACUGCGACAAGAAGUUUACGCGUUCUGACGAGCUGGCCCGCCACUACAGAACGCACACCGGUGAAAAGCGCUUCUCCUGUCCGUUGUGCCCCAAGCAGUUCUCCCGGAGCGACCACUUGACCAAGCAUGCCCGUCGCCAUCCAACCUACCAUCCCGACAUGAUUGAGUACCGGGGGCGUCGUCGCACUCCACGCCCUGAGCCACCACCCCCAGCCAUGGUGGAAAGCUCUGGUUCCGACUCCAGCUCCUGUUCUGGCCAGGAGACCAGCUUCACUGCUUGCCUGUAGGACUGUCCUUGCUGUCUGUCUUUCCCUCGAGCACUACUCCCCCAGGCCGUUCGUUGUCCUUGCCUUCUCUCUGUCCAUUCCUAUUUUUCAGGGUCGUUAGACCAAGGCACAGACUGGUUGCUCCGCUCUGAGGAUGGGUUCUAGACAAGCUUGUCGGAUUCUGGAGAGGGACUGGGAGCCAGAAGAUAGUCUUGCAACGCAAUUACCAUCUGAAAGGAACGGUUGCUUCAAAACAGCUUGCAAGAAACCAGCAUACUGAAGAUUCUUCCCUCCCUGUCACCAGAGAUGUAAAACUGAGGACCUCCCAGUCCCAAGGACUCUGGUGUCUCUCCCAUUGAACAGGGCGGACCUUGGAGAGGGUGUUCAGGGUGGUAGUCUUGGCAAUGUCCAGACUUGGAUGUUGAGAGGCCUUUGCAAACAGAAAGUAUUUCUAUUUCUGUAAACAGCAAUGUUUACUAAUUUAUUUUUAUUAUCUUUUAACAAGAAUUCCAGGUUGGUGGGAGGCUAAUGUCUCCCACUCUCCCACUUACCCCCAGUUACUUGUGCUUUGUGGAUAUGUGGCUGGGAUAUGCUUUUUGGUGCCUGGGGAGUGGUACGAGUCUGCUUGCAGUUACUAUAGCAUAAUGUGGAACCCUGCAUUGUAGUCCUUCCUUUUCCUCUUUAAAAGUUCCUUCUCAGGGGUGGUAACUUUCUGGCCCACGAUUAUGAGGAGACUGGUUAAGUAAUUAGAAAACAACCAUAAUAGCCCCAGAGAGAAACAGCUGGUCUGAAAUAAUUUCUCCUUCACUUAGAAUGCAAGCCCGAGAAACUUUUGGGUGGGACAGAUGCAAAGCAAGACUUUUUGGGAUUAUUGAUAGCUGUUCAGAGAAACAGAGAGAUGGAAGUCCCUGAUGCCCCACCCUAAGUAAUCUCAGGGGUAGUAGAGACUACCCACCUCUUAGUGGCCAAGUGGAGGUCUGCACAUUGUUGUUUUUGUUACAGGUGAACUGAUGGGGGGGAGGUGAGACAUUGGUUUAUUUUAGAGAGCUGCUGUCUUGGAUUUGGGGAAUAAGCAGCUAUAUGAUAGCUACUAUUAAAUAGGAGCAUCUUUCUCUAAGAACAGUGUUAAGGUACAACCGCAGGGCCCUCCUGCCCCUUGAAGGACUCUGACAUCAGAAGGAUUUUUUUGUUGUGUGUCCCAGCUACUGUGGAUUGAAAUUAUUGGUGUGUGCGUGUGUGUAUGUGCCUGUGCUCCUUGCAUUAAAUAUGAGGCUGAAAAGCCUUUCCUAACCUGAUGAGGUUCCCCAUGGUCCCCUCCUGGAUAUCUUAUGCAUCAAUCAACUUGUAAAGGUUGUUGUAAUCUCAUAGCAGACAAUUAAGCAAAUUGCUUUCCUCUGUUUUGUAGAUUAAAAUGCUGAAGCUUAAAUUAUCUUCAAAGUUAUAUGCUAAGUCUCUGGCCAGAGCUGUGAGUAAAAAUAAAGUGUUUGACUUUAAA